GUCUAACGGGUAAUAGAAGAAGAUGCGAACAGGAUGUUUUGAGGAGGCAAGAGGCUGUGUGUAGUUUUCCCUCAAACCUGGAUAACGUUUACUGAAUAAGACGAUAGAGUUGAUCUGAGAUGAAUGUCUACAGCAGAUAAAGUCGGCAGAACAUCCUCUUCUUUGGUUUUAAACAAAUAACGAAAUGGCUUCAGGUGUGCCCUGCUCAUACUAGAGGAUGAAUUAAAUCUCCUGGUCAUCGUGGUGGAUGUAAAUCCCAUCUGGUGGGGUCAGCAAGGUCAGCGUGAACCUCAGUUCACUUUGUCCAAGUGUCUGGAUGCCGUCAUGGUGAUGGGAAACGCCCACAUGGCAAUGACGAGGACAAACAAGCUGGCCGUUAUCGCCAGUCACUGUCAAGACAGUCACUUCCUGUAUCCCAGUAAGAGUUGGAAAAGUGGAGACAGCAGUGGGGAUGAAGCGUCCGCCAGCCGGGAUGGAAAAUACGAACUCCUGUCUGUCGCCAACAACCUCAUUGCUGAGGAGAUCAGGAGUAUUAUGGCAAAAACUGAAGUGACAGGAAAUUCAACUGACACCCUGUUGGCAGGAUCUCUUGCCAAAGCCCUCUGCUACAUUCACAGGUUCUCCAAAGAGUUAGAAGUUGGACAGGAGAUGAAAUCAAGGAUACUGGUGAUAAAAGCAGCUGAUGACUGCGCUCUCCAGUACAUGAACUUCAUGAACGUGAUUUUUGCUGCACAAAAACAGAACAUCCUGAUAGACGCGUGUGUGCUGGACUCAGACUCGGGGCUUCUUCAGCAGGCUUGUGACAUAACAGGAGGCUUGUACCUGAAAAUACCACAGAAAGUAGCCCUGGCUCAGUAUCUUCUGUGGGUGUUCCUGCCCGACUCGGAGCAGCGCUCCCAGCUGGUGCUGCCGCCGCCUGCACACGUGGACUACAGAGCCGCCUGUUUCUGCCACCGUAACCUCAUCGAGAUCGGUUAUGUCUGCUCAGUUUGUUUGUCCAUAUUCUGCAACUUCAGUCCUAUUUGCACAACAUGCGAGACAGCCUUUAAAAUCCAGCUACCCCAGAUGGUUAAACCCAAAAAGAAGAAACUGAAGCAAGCUGUUUGAUGACUGUUUUGUCCCCUGCUCCAAAAGCAACACCUCACCUUGUUCCCUAAGCAUCCUGGGAAAAAUCUCUGCUGUGCAAACAGAGAUUGUUUUACCUUAAACAUACAUUCAAGCUCAUAGCUCAGUUAUUUUGUUCAUGUUGGAAAAAACACAAAUGCCAGCCGAUGUCGGUUUCAUUAAAAGAAUGCAGCUGGGAUGUGUGGGUGUUUUUUACGUAAUAAAAUUCAUGUCUCUAUAAA